AUUGUGUAGUCUGCAAUCAUGAAACUGUACCUUGUUUCUACGUCAUUAAAGAUACGACUACAGAUAUUUAUUUUUAUACAUUUUUGAACUAGACUACAAAAACUUCCGUUUUCUAUAAAUUGUGUUAGUAUACAUGUGUUCAAUAAAUUUAUGAUUGACUCACUAACUGUAUAAUUGCCAUUUGUUGUGGUCAAUUUUAAAUCGUUCCAAUUCAACGCACAUACUUCGUUAGUGGUUAACGGGUUCUAGUGGUAUUGCUGCUCACAAUUUUUGUUUUUACCUUUGCCAAACUGUGUCACGUGCCGACGUGCCUAUAUAAUUAUAUUAAAUAACGAAAUUUUUAUAACGCAUAAUGAGCAUUAAUUAAAAUUACGUUAACUUACUGAUAAUUUUAUUUGAUAUUAAAUAUUAUUAUGCCUUGGUGUGUGGUAGUUGGCUGUAAAAACAAUUUAAAAGCUACAAAACGUUCUGGAAAAGAUGUGUCUUAUCAUAUUUUUCCAAAAAACCCUCAACGCCGUAGUGCUUGGAUCAACACUUUAAAUCGACCUUUUAAGUUUAAUGCAGAUGCAUCAUAUAUCUGCUCAGAACAUUUUAUAACUGAUGACUUUGAAAGUAAUAGUUUAAAAGAAGAAUUAUUAAAUAUUAAAGUCAAAAGACAACUUAAAAAAACUGCUAUUCCAUCUGUUAAUAUGCCUACACCUUUAGAAGAAAAACAAUAUAAAGUUUCCGUACAAAAUUUAAGUAGUCAAAGUCCUAUUGAAGUUUAUACCAAUUCAGUACUUCCGAAAAAAGAUGUCGUACCAACAGUAAAAGAAGAGAUUGAAGUAAUAGACGUAAAAAUGGUAGAAGAUGAGUUAAUAAAGAAAGAACGUAAAAAACUUGUAGAUAAAUUAUUAGCUGAUUAUGAAGAGCAACAAAACAAUAAGGGUCAUUUAAAAGGCAUGGUAACAAAGUAUCCAAAUUUUUUUUCUCCUAAAAUUAAUCCAAAUGCUAAACUUGGUGAUAAAUUAAGAUUAUUAAAAGCUAUAGAUAACCCUGAAACCUAUUCUCCACCUAAAAAAAGAAAAAUAUCUCUACCAUCCAAAUCUAAUACAGAAAACAUAGAAAUUCCAAUUUCUACUAAUACAUCUCUAACUAAAAAUCAAAUCAUUCAAGUAUCAGCAGUUAAAGGUGGACUUAUGUUACAUGCACUUCCACAAAAUGCUAAUAGCUUACAGGAUACUUUUGAAAAAUCUGUUAUUGAAGAAGAAGUAGAUGAAGAAGAAGAAAUUAUUAUUGUUACAGAAGAUGAAGCAAGUCACGUAGAUCUAUCAUCAUAUGAAGAACAGCACAAAGAAAAUAACACUGAAAUAAUUAUUGUGACUAACUUGAAAGAAACUGAAGAUACAUUUAAACAUUUAGAAAACAUACCUAAAAAAUCUACUGAUAAAAUUAAUGAUAGCAAUAAAAAUUAUUGUGUACAAAAUAAUUUAAAUAAAAGUAAUGGUAAAUGCAUUCCUUUACAUAUUAAUAAAGUAAAAUUGACUGAAGAAAAAGCAUGCCAAGUAUUAAUCCCAUGCAAAGGUUGUGAACACAGAAGUCUUAAAAUUAAUAAACUUUUAAGAGAAAGAGUAAGAUUAUUGAAAGAUCAUAACCAAAAUGGUGCAUGGAAAGAUCCAGAUGAAAUCACUAAUUUAAGAAGAAUGAAUGGUGUUCUAUCUUUAUUGUUAAAACAAUGUGUUAGUGAAAAAUAUGGUAAAAAGUCUUCAUCAAUAAGAGUUGAUUUAGUUCAGGAUUCUAUAGAAAGAAUUGACAGAGGAUGGUCAAUGCAAGAUACAUCGGAAGCCUUAUGUCAAGCUUUUAGUGUUAAUGCAUAUGACAAAUUUUCCAGAGCUUUUGAAAUAUUAAAUGAAACAUAAUGUGAAAAUUACAUUUUAUUAAAUAAAUAUUUAAUUGAUUAUUUAAUA